GGGAUGCUGGGACCCCAUGGCGGGGUUCAGGGACCCCAUGGGGGAUCAGAAGGGGUCACCGUGCUCUCCCAAGCUUUGGGGUGAAGUGACCCCCUCUGGGGAAAAGGCGGCGGGGGGGGGGGGGGGGUGGAUCUUCCAUGUCCCCCCAGGUUUCGGGGGGCUGAUGGCGGCGCGGGGCGGCUCGGUGCUGGAGCCGGGCUGGCUCCUCUCCCCCGCCGGCCGCCCCUACCUGGACUCCAUCCUCCAGAAAAAACAGCGGCGAGUGUUCGGUCUGCUGGAGCACCCAGCGCUGCCCCCCCCCUUGGCCGCCCCCACCGUCACCUACAAACUCUUCGUCUCCGGCAAGAGCGGCGUCGGCAAGACGGCCUUGGUGGCCGCGCUGGCGGGGACCCCCGUGCCCCCCGUCCACCACGAGACGCUGGGCAUCGAGGUCACCACCGUGUACUGGCCAGCCAAGCUGCGGGCCAGCGGCCGCCCCGUCAUCUUCCAGCUCCAUUUUUGGGAUUGCGGGGACGGCGCCCUCAAAAAAUUCGAGCAUCUGCUGCCCGCUUGUAAGGAGGAAGCGGACGCCGUCCUCUUCCUCUUCUCCUUCACCGACCGCUCGUCCUUCGAGGAGCUGCCGGCCCAGAUGAGCCGCGUGGUCAACCCUGACGAAGAAAACCUCGUUAGGGUGGUCAUUGGCACUAAAUUCGACCUGUCCCCGCAGGCGGACGUGUCGGAGCGGGACGUGUUGGCCUUCGAGGAGAGCUGGGGGCUGCCGGUGCUGCGGGCGGGCAGCGGGCCGGGGGCCGGGGGGGGGCGCGGGGGGCUGGCCCGUGUCGCCCCCCUCCUCGACGCCCUGGUCGAGAGGCUCUGGCGACGCGACCAAAUCGCUGCUGGCGUCGCCCCAGAGGGCGAGGGGUCCCCCCCCAGCUGAACCCCCUCUCCCAGGGUGGGAUUGGGGGGGCCCCUGCAGCAUCAGGAGCCCCUCACCGCAGCCUCAGGCCCCCCUCUGCCAUUCAACAGCACUGCCUGGGAUUGGGAAGCGAGGGGGGGGGGGGGGAAAGUGGUUUUUGACCAAAAUCCACUUUUUUUUCUCCAAAAA